AUGGGCAACCAGGUCACUUGCAGGAAACUGUGAAUGGAUAUCCCGUAGCUUCACUAUGCGUACGAAAAUGCGUAUGGUUGAGCAGUUUACCUCGUGUUGCAUAGAUUUCCGGGCCGGAAAUGCAGAUCUCUGGUUUCUGCUUGCAGGCACCUUUCCCCCUCUUUUUCAGGCCGGAGACGCAGACGUAGUUGUUGCUGUCUGUAAGCUGCCACCAAAUGUAACCGGACGAAACGGGGAGGGGAAUGGGACUUUUAAACAGAGCCUAAUAAAUCAAAUACAACAUGCAACACAUAUGCAACACGACGAGUGAUG